AUGCCUCCCAAGCGUUCCCUCCCUAGUCCUCGUCCCAGCCCCGCCAGAGGCGGUAGCAACAAGCGUAACAAGACAGAGCCUGAUCCGGCUAUCGUCAACCUCGUCGGCGAGUGGUUCCUCAACUUUGCACUUCACAACGAAGAGGCGUUCAAGAAGGAGCUCCAUGCGCAACACGGCUAUGACGGCCGCAACGUCGCCCCCAUCAUCAAGGCGGCUCUGAAGGCUAUUGUUUCCGCCGAACAGGUCGAGAUGGCUUAUCGCAACAAACCAGCCAACCUCGCCAAGCAGCAAGCCCGCGCCGCGAAGAAGGCUUCCACCCAUCCCAACUGA